AUGACGAUCCAUUCUUUAGUGAUUCAAAAGCUCCUAAGCACGAACGCCCAUUUGGGGCGGCGAGUGGCAGAACACCACUUCAAAAUUUACGCUUGCGGAUCCCGUAAUGGCAUGACCAUCGUAGAUUCCGACAAGACGCUAAUAUGCCUUCGCAGCGCCUGUAACUUCAUCGGCAACCUCGUCCGGGCGAAAGCCCGGUUCCUCUUUGCGAAUACCAACACCCUUUGCGACGAAAUCAUCGAGGAAAUGACCAAAACCAUUGGCAUCAAGAAAGAUACUUGCUGGCGUCUUGGAGGCUAUUUAACAAACAGUUCGAGUCCCAGGAAGUUUCGUGGCCGGAAUAAGAAGUUCAACUUGGGGGCUGCUUCUCCUCCUGAUUGCCUUGUGAUCUUUGAUACUGAGAGGAAGUCUUCUAUCAUUUCGGAGGCUGCCAGACUGCAAAUCCCGAUUGUUGGCCUUGUUGAUUCCAGUAUGCCUUGGGAGACUUACAAGAAGAUUACUUAUCCUAUUCCGGCGAAUGAUUCCGUGCAGUUUGUGUACUUGUUUUGUAAUUUGAUUACCAAAACUGUUCUGUACGAGCAAAGGAAAAUGAAAGCUGCAUUGGGUACUCAUGAUCAGGAAGCAAUGGAUUCCAAAGUUGACACUGAGGAGGAAACUUUGCAAGUUGACACUGCUUACAAGAAGGGUAAAAUAUUUGUGCUACCUUAUGAAGCUCUGCAGCCUCCAUCUGAAGAUGUCUCAGAUUUAAAGCUACUUCUGGACAAAGUAGUAGUGUUAAAAUACAAUGGUAGUUUGGGGACAGACAUGGGACUUACCGGGCCCAAGUCUACCUUGGAAUUGAAGAACGGAAUCACAUGUCUGGAUUUGGUGAUCAAUCAAAUUGAGCAACUCAACAAAAGAUAUGGAUGCAACAUUCCCUUGCUUCUGGCAAAUUCAAUCAAUACCCAUGAUUCCACUGUGAAGGCUUUGCUGAGACACUCUGGCAAGAAUAUACACUCGUUUCUCCAGAGCCAAGAACAAGUUCAUAUUGCUGAAGCUCAGCACCAGAAUAGAAUGUGCGCAACCAAUCAGUUUGACGUUUAUCUGUCCCUGAAGAACAGCGGCAAGUUUGAUGAGUUAUUGUCUCAGGGCAAGGAGUAUAUACUGGUGCUGAACUCAGACAAUUUGGCUAAUGUUGUUGAACCAAAAAUACUCAACCAUUUGGUACAAAACAAUAUUGAAACUUGUAUGGAGGUAAUGACUGCUGUGUCUGACGAGGAAGAAAUGCAGAGCACAUCUCAUCAAGGAAAAUAUGAGUCAAAGGAGAAUCUAAAAUUUACCGAUACAAUUUGGGUGAGCAUGAUUUCCAUCGAGAGGCUUAUGCUAAGAUAUUCUCUCACUGAGAAAUACGCCGAAUCAGAGUUUUUUGAUGGAGCAUCUGCAAUAAAUGUCCCUGGUUCAAGAUAUCGUCCAGUUGAAGGAACAUCUCAUUUGCUGCUUUACCAGUCUGACCUGUACAGUUUUGACGAAGGCAUUCCUAUCCGAAACCCAAUGAGAGAGAAUCCCGUUGAUCCGAUGAUCGAACUAGGACCAGAAUUUGCACAUGUUGAUGACUUCCAUAGACGAUUCAAGUCCAUGCCCAGCAUUGUUGAGCUCGAAAGGCUUAAGGUGAUUGGUGAUGUUUGGUUUGGGAGUGGUGUUACCCUUAAGGGGACAGUUAUCAUUCUUUCAAGUCCCUAUGUGAAAAUAGUAGUCCCAGAUGGCACAGUGUUGGAAAACAAGGUGAUUUACAGGCAGGGUGACAUCCCCGCAUCUCAAUGA